UCAACACUCAUCAGAUUUGAGGUAGGUUACAUCUCCUUAACAACUUAUUAGAAGAGAUAAAUACGCUAAACACAAGGCACUUUUUUAUGCGGCAAAGUUAAAAGAGAGAAUAAAUUGGAGGUUUUUUUUAUCUUAUUCAAAUUUUAAUUUUUAUAAUUUAAAAAAUAAAAAAUAAAAAAUCCCCGAAUAGGUUAAAAGGGGAGAGGAGGAGUGGGGAAUUUGCAAAUCCAAACCCAAUUCCAAUUCAGGGAUUCCUAAUCGUAUCACAAUUCGACGCCGCCAUGAACAACGAUGAUCGGGUGCUGUCAAUCCCACUGAAGAAGACUGAUCCGGUGGAGCUAUACCAGCCGUUACGUAAGUUGGUAGCCUCAAAAUACUCGGAGGGCGAUGCACAAAAGGUUGAAAGCGUUCUCGAAACCCUAAACAAAUGCCGCCGGGACAUGGUGGAGCCUAGAGCGGACCUUUCCCUUCCCAUGCAACUUGACUGCCUCCUCCACUACUUUAAAUGCCUUUCCAUGGUUGCGAGACUCUUCACCUCUCUCUCCUCCGACGCCGACCCCAUUCUCUUUGUCUGGUACGACGCCUUCAACCCUGAUCAUCAGGAUGGGGUCUCCUCGCAGCGCAGCGCCAUCCAAUUGGAGAAGGCCGCUGUUGUCUUCAACCUCGGAGCCAUCUACAGCCAGAUUGCUGCCUCUUGCGACCGUACCACCGCCCUUGGCCGUCACCUUGCAAUGGAAGCCUUCAAAGUUGCCGCCAAUUUCUUCCGCCAACUCUGGCAGGUUUUUGCCAAGGACGUGGUCGCCACCCUCGAUUUGACUCUCGUCUUCGCGGAGUUUCUGCACCUCCUCUUCUCCGCUCAGGCUUCCGAGCUGGAAUUACGGGAAGAACUCAACAACAACGACGCCAGUUACGCUCUCCAACAACACCGAUGUGCCCUAUUGUUUAGAUCGGUUUCUGAGCUUUAUCGUAGAGCAUAUGAACUGAUACCUACUGAUUCGGCUGCACGGAAACAUGUCGACUCUUUUGACCAAACCUGGGUAACUCAUCUUUACCAGAAGGCGACCUUCUUCGAGGCGGAGGCUAGUCAGAGGCAAUCAUCCAUCCUACCCAAAUCCGAGCGACCUCGUAAAUUCAGAUCGGUCACAUCUUGUGCUCUUGAUCAUGAUGCAGAAUGUGUCCCUGAGAUAUUAGUUAGAGGGAUUUGCUGCAGGGUACGCAAGGUGCUAUACGAAGAUCGAAAACAAACGACUCUUCUCAGCAUAACAUCCAUUUGGAGAAGGCCUCUGUUCUCUUCAACCUGGCAGCCCUUUGCACCCACAUUGUUCUCUCCAUUCGACCUCACCACCAUCCAUGGCCAUCGCCUUGCCAAGGACGCCUUAAAGGAUGCUUUACAUUGGAUUGAUGAACUGCCGGUUGAGUCUAUGCCGGCAUCUGGCACGAUUGACUUGUCAGAAAAAAUUCGCCUAUAGGAAACGCUAUGAGAUUCUCGAUGAGUUUGUCCACGUGAAAAGGAAGUUGCCUCCUCCCCAAUCUUCAUUACCUAGAUAUCCUGUAUGUAUAAUCAUCUACCUUUUCAGUUUAUCUUUUCUUAAUACAAUUGAUUGAUUGAGAUGAUGCAGGCUUCAGCUUAUUAUAUGUCGACAUAUGGGCCUUUAGCUAAUUAUGAUCGGAGUGAUGUCACUCAACAAUUUCUUUUAGGGUAUUGUAAGGCUCACUCCCUGCUUCAAGGGGUAUGUGAAGCACCCUCAUGCUUGGACCUUCUCUCUGAGGUUAGCCCUGUCAAGACUAGGGAUGGAAAUCUUGUGGCCAAUGCCGCAACCUUAGAGGCACCAAAUUUGGCAUUGGAGACUUAAGCAUGUAGAA